GUCACUCGUUCUCCCCUGGCUCCAUGUCGGCCUACAGUCUCUCGUCCCUCAACAUGAGCACCGUACCCAGGAACAUGUAUCCCACCAGUCCCCGGAGCACACUGAUGAGGAGGAAAAACAAGAAGAAAGACUUUAAGAGCUCCCUGUCUCUUGCGUCCAGCACUGUGGGUCUUGCCGGUCAGGUCGUCCACACGGAGACUACGGAAGUGACGUUGCUUGGCGACGGCAUCAUGGGGUUCGGCCUGCAGCUGCAGGGAGGAGUGUUCGCCACUGAAACGCUGUCGUCGCCGCCGCUCAUCGCCUACAUUGACCCCGACAGCCCUGCUGAGAGGUAAUUGUA